UUAUUGAAUUUUAUUUAUAGGAAUUUACAUAUUUUUCACUGGGAGUGAUUUUCAAUUUCAUAGGCGGAGUAGCAGGAAUUGAAAGAGGACGAAGUGGAGAUUCGGAAAAUAAUGAACAUCGAAAUGAGUUGAAAAUUGGAUUACUUUUACUAGGUGCAUAAUUAAUUACCACGAGAAAGAAAUUAAUUAUUUUUACAAUGAAAUGUAAAAAUUAUUUUUCAAUACUUAUGGUACAUUUUUUAUUAUUUUCAGCUAACUUUUUUGUAUUAUUUUUCGAAACUGCAUAUAUGGUUUACAUGGAAUAUAAAAGAAAAGGAAAAUUAAUUCCUAGACGUGCUAAUGUUCGAACAACGAAUAGAUAAUGUUCUAUAUUAAUUACUUUACAUUUUUAUAACUUUUGAAAGUCAUUUUCAAAAAAUAAAGAUUCAUAAGGAUCAAUGAAAUACCAUCAACGAUAUGAAUUUAUCAUUUAAUCGAUUCUUUGAAUAUUAAAACUUUUGUCAAAAAAUCAAACAAAAUAUCGUCUACAUUUAGGAAGUCAACAAUUUAUUCUAAUUCUAAAUAGAAUAUUUCUCAAAGAAAUGGGUAACAUACCGAUUCCUUUUAACAAUUCAAGGUUGAAUUCAUGGGCAAUUGACAAGAAAUUAUUAAUAUGGAAAACAGUAUCUAUGUCUGCCUGUAUAAUUGGCAGUGUAAUAUACUUAGGCCCGUUGGAACCAUACAUCGAAGUUCCAAUUUUUGGAAUUUUGGUACCCACUUUUAUGAUUGGGUACAUUAUUAUACAUUCAUCAGAUAUUUUCCUUUUGAUCAUGGGAGAGGAUUAUGUCUUUCUCGAAACAUGCUUUUAUGUGAUUGGUGCACUUGGAAACCUAACUUGUGGUAUUUAUCAAUUAUGCAAAUGGAUAAAUUGGAUACUUGAAACUUCUCAGGAUUCUGAUUCGGAUUAUGAUGUCCCAGAAGUAAUGCUAGCACUUGUCUUAUUUCUUCAUUUCACUUCUCUAACUGCUGUGAUGAUUCACCGUUUCCUUUUUUGGCGUCAGUUUAUGAUCACAGAGGCUGAAUGCUCCAUUUAAAAUAAAUUUUAAAUUAAAUUUAGAAGGACGAAGAAUUUAUACCUUAUAAUAAUUGAAAGAAUAAUAUAAUUGAAAUAAAAGAAUUUUAACUUAUGGGGUCAUCUUAUAACAAGACGACAGACUCCCAUAAAGGGUCACAACAGCAGCCACGAUAUGCAUCAAUUAAUCUACUUGACCCCAUAAUCAUCUUGAAUGACCGGCAUAAUCGCACACCCACGAUCCGGAUAUAUAAUCCCGUUAAUUACGUAUACUGUCAGUAAUUUAACCCUUUUAGACCUAAUUUGUACAAUAAGAGUAACAUUUAGAAAAUAAGAGAAAUCAUGCUAAUUGUAAAAUCUACAAAGUGUACCUGCCAUGAUAAUCUUAUUAACUGUACAGUUACGUUCAAGAGUUUAUCUUUAUGAUAUGAAAA